AAUACAUAGAAAUUGGAUGGUAUGGAUGUAAAUGCCCCUAAAAAUUAUCAAUGAAAGCCUCCUCUAAAUCCUGCACAUCCAAACAUUUUAAGCAGAUCGAUAGAGCCGCCACUCUGCCGACGUUUUUCUCGCGCUCUUCCCCGUCGACCGUCGUGAUCGGCGUCGGGGUGGCCAUCAGUAGGGAAUCUCCCUUCGACAUCUUCGGUUUACAAACCUAAGCUGUAAGAAAACCCUCCGGGAAAACUUCCAUGCCUUCUCUGAUAUGCUCCUUGCGGUCCUCUGGCGCCGCCGCUCCUUCUCUCCGGGCGGCACUGCGCCGCAUGCGGCGGGAAUCGGUGGAACGCGAGCUCGAGGGCUGCCAAAUGGUGGCCGGACUCUGGUGCCACUGCCUUACUGUCCGCCAGAUUCAGUGCCUCCGAGGAGCGCUGCCGAAAUCCGCGAAGCUCGUCGUCGCCAAGAACACCCUUCUGGGAAAAUCCACUGAUGGCACUUCAUGGGAAUCUAUCCGUUCUUGUGCCCGCGGUAUGAACGCAUGGCUCUUCGUCCGCUCCGAAGAUGAAGUCGCCGCAGCACUCAAGGCCUGCCGCGACUUUCAGCGCCAAUGGAAGCUGGAUCUCAACGAUUUCACUGGUGCUGUAUUUCAAGGUCGCCUUUAUGGGCCCCAGGACUUCGGUGUUCUGGAGACCUCACCUGCCAAAGCGGAUUCCAAUGCCUACCUUCUUGGCUCCCUCCAGCUACCUGCUGCCUCGCUGAUCGGACUAUUGCAGGCAUUCCAGGAGAGUAUUAGUUCUGCUGAUGUGGCCGUUUCCUCUGCUGCUGGGGCUGAUACCACCGGUUCUCCCGCUCCCGCUCCUGCAUCUGAUUAAAUUGCAGCAUUCCCCAUCUUACUGAAGGCCCUAUGUCUGAAUUAUGGAAGUAGCCCACACGUUAAAGUAAGAGUAAGGUUUUGUAUACUUCCGUUCCUCCCAAUUCCAACAUUCUGUGGGAGAAUCAUGCAUUUGGUAGUCCAUCCAUGGAUAUAAUUAUCACUGAUAUUUGGAAAAAAGGUACCUAGAUUUUUUAGUUGUGCAACAUAUAUAGCUUUAAUGAAAUACUUUAAUGGGAAUGCUGGUGCAAUGAAUGAAGAGUU